AGCAACGGAGCGUGAGCAAAUGCAUCGGGGAAAGAAGCACAAGGCAGCAUGCUGAAAGAGAGAUUAAAGAUGUACAGAGACAUCAUUCCUGAGGUCAAAGGUCAAAUGUGUGAGUCACAUGGUUGAAACCAGGAAACAGAAGUGCUGUCAAUCCAGUCACUUCCUACAUCUGUACAGUGGAGAAGGAACAAGGCUUUUUGGACUUCAGUGAGCUGACAGACUUAUCAAUGAUGAUAAGAAACCAGGUGGAACAUGCGGUCUCCAAAGUUCAGGACUGUCAGAGUGAAAUCUCUAUGGAGCUCUUUCUGCACCUUUCACUCAUACCAGCAGUGGUGAUUGUGGGGGUGCUCUCCUUCCUUCAGAAGAGAGUCACAAGACUUGGCAUCGACCACAGACUGCCCUUCCUGAGGGGACGUUUUGCCAUUGUGGUGCCUUUGGACACUAUAGGCAGCCUCAGUAACCGUUGGUCCUAUGGGUUUGCAUUUGGUGCCGUGUCCUCCAGCGUCCUGCUGCUCUUCUCUGAGCAAUACAUCCCCUUCACUGUCCCGCCCUGGGCACGAGUUAUAGUAUAUCUCGUUGGAGCUUUAGAGGUGGGACUGGUCUACUUCCCUUUCUUUGCCUGUCUGUCCACUCCUUUCAGAGGGGCUGGGGCACUCCUGGGAAUAUUCUACUCUCUGUCCUGGAUCAUUGUGACAGUCUGGGAUACAUUCACCUGUCCCAGUGGUAAGAUUCUGGGGAAAUACCAGAAGUUGAUUAUCCAGUGGCCCUGCAUCCUCUCCCUCAUCUUCUUAUUGGGACGAUUCGUCUACAUGCUGGUUAAAGCUGUUCGGAUACAUGUGCAAGAGGAACAGGAGGACCCUGAGGAGCUGAAUGAUCAGCACCAGGUGCAGCAUGUUAAGAGACUGCUGAGGAAAACGCCUGAACACAGGAAGCCCCUAAGCUGGUUCCAGAGCAGAUGGUAUGAGUGGGACCCUUACUUCAAAUUCCCCAACAGGAUCAUCGGCACUGUCAUUAUAUCCCUUAUAGGCCUGUAUACGAUGACCCUGGCAGACUAUAGUCUCAGUAAUGUGGCUUUUGACCAAGUGGACAGGUGGAAGAAUACACUGAAACAUCUGGUUACUUCCUGUAACCAGACUGAAGCUCUGGGAGCCAUGAUACCACAGCUGGAGGAAUUUAUCGACGUGGCUAGAAAGUCUUGGCUCGCUACCACCAUCUUUGCUAGUCUCAAUUCUGUAGCCUACUGCUUCCAUGUGUUGGCAUGUUACAGAAAACACUUGAAGAGGCUGUGGAGAGGACAGAAGGGUUUUCUUCCUGACAAGUUUCACAAGCCUAACUCUGCUGUCAGCGUAGCUUCCAUUGCAAGAUACUCUGGUUGGCAAAUCGCUUUUACACUGUGGGGCUACCUGAUUGUCCAUUUCGUCCACUUCCUGUUUGCUCUGCUGUUGGUCUAUGGGCUGGUUAUUCCUAUACAGCAUGGGAGAGCGCUGAGCAUGCUCAGCAACCUGGGGAUUGCACUUCUGAGCAUCGGUCUGGUCAUCGCCCUGGUGAUUCUCCAGGUUGUUCUGGUUCAGAUCUUCUUCCUUCAGGACAAACUGUCACCGACCGAUAAACAAAAACCUCUGGCUCUCAACAAUAGGAAGGCGUUCCACUGCUUCAACUACUUCUUCUUUUUCUACAACGUGGUGAUGGGAAUCAGCAACUGCAUAAUGAGGUUGCUGUGCAGCAUUGUAACAGGGACAUGGCUGGUGUCCCGCAUAGACCGAACCAUUAUGCAGAGAGGAUAUGAAAACAUGGACGCUGGCUACAGCACUUGGAUUGGGAUGAUCUUUGCUGACCACUAUCAUAACAAUCCAGCCAUGGUGUGUUUCUGCCAGCUGCUGGUCUCCAACACAUUGGAGAGACACACUGCGUCUGCAUACUCCACAUUCAGCAAUGUGCCGCCUGAACUUCUGGUGAACAGCCGGGCCAGGAGGCGUUGGAUGCUAUGUUAUACGUUACUGAGGAACCCUCAUCUGAUCCUGCUCAGGAAGCAUCACCUCUCAUCACUACACACAUCAUCAUCCUCUCCCCAGUCAGACACAGUAGUGCAGGCUUGCGUCAUGGCUUCUCAAACACAGAGCCGCCAAGCAGAGUCCGAGUUGCCACCAGAGAUCACAAUCACACCAGCAGAAGACUGUUAAAGAAACAUUUCCAUAGAUUGUGAACAAGAUGCAUGUAUGUAUGUAUGUAUGAAUGUAUGUAUGUAUGUAUGUAUGUAUGUAUGUAUGUAUGAAUGUAUGUAUGUAUGUAUGUAUGUAUGUAUGUAUGUAUGUAUGAAUGUAUGUAUGUAUGUAUGUAUGAAUGUAUGAAUG